AUGGGGGAUGAGAAAAGAAGAGGGCUGUUUCUGUUUGAUGUCCAUGGAACACUGGCAGUGAACAAGUGUCAGGCACCAGAUGGAAUCAGACGGAUGCUGGGACGAAUCAGGGAGAGUGGCCACAGUCUGGCACUCGUAAGUGGAUCGAGUCUCAGAGAACAAGUCAGCCAACUUGGUCCAGAUCUCAUUGAGCUCUUUGACUACGUCUUUACGGAAAAUGGAGCACAAUUCCACAAAAAUGGCAAACUGGUGAGAAGCAGGAGACUGCUUGACGAGAUCAGCGAGGAAGAGUAUUCGAGGCUGAUUAAUCGGAUUCUGGUCAUUCUUGGCGAGACAGACUGUCCAGUGAAGCGUGGGACAUUCGUGGAAAUGAGGGAAUCAGGCGUAAACGUGAGUGUGAUAGGAAGAAGCUGUAGCACGGCUGAAAGAGUGGAGUUCGACGCAUUUGACAGGAAGAAUGGGAUAAGACGGAGACUGGUGGAGCAGAUUAGGCCACUUCUCGAUGAAUUGGGUCUCGACUGUGCAAUUGGUGGUCAGAUUUCAGUUGACAUAUUUCCAGUAGGGUGGGAUAAGACACAGUGCCUGAAUAUGAUUGAAGAGGGGCUGAUUUAUUUCAUAGGGGAUAAAACAGAAGAGGGUGGAAAUGAUCAUGGGCUGUUUUCUGAUUCAAGAACAGUUGGAUUCACGACAACUGGACCAGAGGAGACAAUCGAAAUAGUAGACAGAAUUAUAGGCAGUGAUCAGGGUAGUCAGGAUAGUCAGGAUAGUCAGGGUAAUUAG